CUUAGGCAUCUUGCUAUAGACAUGAUACUGAUAACCCAGAACUAAGCCAAAGCUUUAAAGCCAACUACAUGAUCUUUAAUUUAUCUCUAGCAAGUUUCCCCAUCCAUGUUCAGUGAUCACCGUAGUAUGUCUUGUGAUGGGGAGCAUUUGUCCAAGGACCGAUACUUUCAGGACAUUUCAAUAAGGAACAAGACAAUGAGGAUCAAAAGAAUUAACUUUGGUGAUUCUUUCACCCAUUAAAUCAGUACAUACAAAAGCUAAUCAUCCAAGUUCAACUUCUUCCAAGAAUGAUUGUUCGAACUUUUCAAAGUUAUUGGGGUAUGAAAUUUUUUAAAAUAACUUAAUUCAGUUAUUCCGGCCAUUAGAAUUAUAAUAAGAAAUAAUACAAGAAAAAUUAUAGAAAUUGCAUAACUCUCCCCUCUCUAAUUUCUUUUUCUCCCUCGAAUUUCUUUCUAAACAACUGUUUGUUAAGGUGAGUCCUUAACAUUUCUGUCACUGUUGAAAGGCGGGACUCAUGACACAAAGAUUUUUUAAAAUUUUAUUUUAUUUUUGUAGACGACAGUUAAUGUGGGCAUCGACCCCUAACUACCUUGAAAUUUCGAGGUGAUAAAAAAUAGUGGCAGUCACGCCAAGCAGUCAAUCCUGUUUCUUUUCAGUUCCUUCUUCAAACAAUGUUACACUCACAAGAUAUACCAGAAAAUCUUCCCUUUUGUUUUCCUGUCGAUUUUUGACAAAAAUGGGGAUUUGACCACACAAAAGUUUCAUAAAUGUUGAUUAAAUUUCAGUCACUUUUCUUACAACUUUCAAAAACCCAUCAAACACUAUCAAGAACCAAACAAUUACAUGCUUUAGUAACCAAAACCCACCUCGUACAAGACCCAUUUUAUGCAACAAAACUUGUAAGAUUCUAUGCUUUAAACAAUGACCUCUCCUCUGCUCGUAACCUGUUUGAUAAAACUCCUCAACGCAGUGUUUUCUUAUGGAAUUCCAUCAUCAGAGCUUAUGCUCAAGCUCAUAAAUUUGAUGAUGCAUUCUUGCUGUACACAAAGAUGAUUGGAUUUGAUGUAAUACCAGAUAAGUAUACGUAUGCGUGUCUUAUACGUGCAUGUUGUGAGGAUUUUUAUGUGGAUGGGUUGAGAAUUGUUCACGGAGGAGUGAUUGUUUCCGGUCUGGGAUUGGAUUCGGUUACUUGCAGUGCAUUAGUUACAGGUUACUCAAAAAUGGGUCUUGUUGGUGAAGCAAGCAAGGUGUUUUGUGGGGUUUUUGAACCAGAUUUGGUUCUGUGGAAUGCUAUGAUUUCUGGCUGUGGUUAUUGUGGAUUUGGUGAUAAAGGGUUGCUUUUUUUUAAUGAAAUGAGAGACAACGGGAAUAAAAGGCCAGAUGGUUAUACCUUUGUUGCGUUAAUCUCGGGUUUAGCAAAUUCUAGCUCGCUUGAGCUUGGCCAAGGAAUUCAUGGGUUAUGCUUGAAAAGUGGUUUUGAUUUUAAUGAUCAUGUAGGCAGUUCACUUGUCAGCAUGUAUUCGAGAUUUAGUUGCAUCAAUCUGGCAUAUAGUGUAUUUAGAAGUUUAUGCCAGCCCGAUUUAGUAACAUGGUCUGCUUUGAUAACUGGAUUUUCUCAGGCUGGAGACCAUGAGAAGGCAUUGCUUUUCUACAAGAAUCUGAAUUUGGCGGGUAAAAAGCCAGAUUCUGUUUUGAUUGCUAGUGUAUUGGUGGCAACAGCUCAAUUGGCAAAUGUAGGGCCUGGUGCUCAGAUACAUGGUUACAUAGUUCGAUAUGGAUUUGAAUCACAUGUCAUGGUUUCUUCUGCUCUAAUAGAUAUGUAUUCAAAGUGCGGUUUUGUGGGAUUGGGGCUUCGUGUCUUUGAGAAUAUGCCAAACAGGAAUAUUGUUUCAUACAAUUCUAUAAUAUCAGGUCUUGGCUUGCAUGGACUUGCUUCCCAAGCUUUUGACAUGUUUACGGAGAUAGUAGAGAAAGGAUUGAAACCUGAUGAGUCUACUUUCUCUGCUCUCCUUUGUGCUUGCUGCCAUGCUGGCCUUGUUAAAGAUGGAAGGGAAAUUUUCAGAAGGAUGAAAGAUGAGUUUUGGAUCCAAGCUAGAACAGAGCAUUAUGUUCACAUUGUAAAGCUUCUUGGGAUGGCAGGAGAGCUGGACGAGGCAUAUAAUUUUAUCCUGUCCUUGAAGCAACCAGUAGAUUCUGGCAUUUGGGGAGCAUUGCUGUCAUGCUGCGAUGCUCAUGGGGAUUCUGAGUUGGCAGAAAUUGUGGCCCAGCAGCUUUUUGACGGCGAGCCCAAAAAGGGUGCCUACAGAGUCAUGCUUUCUAACGUAUAUGCUGGCGAUGGGAGAUGGGUUGAUGUUGAGAAGAUGAGAGAUUAUAUAACUACUGCUGGAGCAGAGAAGAUGCCUGGUCUUAGUAGGAUUGGAAGUUAUUGAAUUUAAGUAAGGGAAAAGAUAACUUCAUGCUCCAGAGAAUAUUCUUCCAACCAGGUUCAUCCUCCAUCACUGGCAGUCUUGCAUUAUCCAGGAAUAAACUAAGAGCUAACUACCAUGUUGUCAUCAAAUCGAAAAGUCUGAAUUUCAAAAUCAUGUAUAUUACCAGAGGAGGCUCAAACUGAAAGCUACUUUCUUAUUUUUUUUUUUAUAAAAAAAAUCUGAUAUUACGUCU